AUGGAAUCCGAGUUUGUACUUAUUCUUCCUCCUGGGCUUUGGUCUCUCGAAGCCUACGCCGCGUGUAAAAUUUUGUCCAAGGAAAAAUCGGAUAGAAGAGAGGCUUUCAGGAAUUUUUACAAUAGCUUAGAAGACGUUAUUGAAAAUUCAGAAGAGAAGAAGCUAUUGAAAAAGCCAAGAGUCUUCUGGCUGAAAAGAUGGUUGAAUGAUAUAAAAAAGGUGACAAAGACCUGCGGAGAUUUAUUAGACGGGUCGAAAGUGCUGGGUGAAGUGACAAACAGGAAAUACGGGGAAUAUGGUGCCAGACAGUCUGACAAUGCGGAAAGGCGGGAGUUACCACGUGUUUCAGACAUUAUUAGUUGGUUUUUUUUGGUAUUGCAAAUGGACAAUACAAUCUUGGAUUCUGCUGUCGCU